AUGAUUAGAACAACUGAAAACAGUUUGAUUAAUAAAGAAACAUUGGUUGUUAUACUUAUAACAAUUGUGAUUCUCAUUGUAAUAACAAUUUGUAUUCCAUUUGUUUAUAUAACUGGAAGACUUUCAAUUAUAGAAAUAUCUUCAAUUGAUCAAAAUAUAAUAAAUCCUUCAAAAGACUAUUGGGAAAAUGAAUGUACAAAAUCGAUGUCAACGAUUGAAAGAAUAUUUGUUUUAAUAAAUGAAGAACCAUUUCCAUAUACAUUACAUAGUUUUCUUUAUCGUCCAAGUCCUUUAACAGAAAGAAUUUUUUUGAUCUUCGGUUUCCGUCAUGAUUUUGCAUCUUGGUCAUUAGAUAAUAUUUCAUUUAUUGAUGAAACAUAUAAAAAAGAUCUUAUUAACGAUGGUGAUUUUGAAUUAAAUUAUUUAAAUAAAAAUUAUAGACAAUGUAUAUUAUCAAGUACACGAAAUUCAACAAGCGAUAUUUUAUCUGACAAUCCUUAUUCAGGUGAUUAUUAUUACAAUGAUGAAACUAAAGCUGGAAUGAAUUAUUUAAUUCAAACAAUUGGUGGCAUUGCAGAAGGAUAUUAUAAUAUAUCAUUUUAUCUUGAAAAUAGAGGUUAUGCAGAAAAUUAUUUUGUUUUUCUUAUUGGAUCUUAA